CUGGUGGUAACCUCCUCCAUGCAGACGGAAGUUAUAUGAGCAAAUCACAUCCGGGGUCAUGAAUUUCGAGUUGUCUCGCGCGAAAUCAAGAUGGCGGGUGCUGUAGCUAACAACAUGGAUAGCAUGAGGAGUGCCCUGGAGGAGUUUAUUUCUAGAGCUAAUGAUGUCAUAGAAAUGAAACUAGUCCGUUCUAAGGAGGACAUUGAAGAUUCUACCAGGUCCUUUGCUCCUGAAUUCACACAUCAGAUCUUUGGUGAAAAUGAAACGGUAUUUGGAUACAGAGGUCUGAAAGUGCAGCUGUACUUUUCAGCAGCCAGGCUUACACCUUACCUAACAUACACAUUUGAGGAGAAGGUCAAUCCAAAGAAGUUUGAUGGAGUACAAGCGGACCCCAUUCUCAAGCCCAUCGUGGAGAAGCUGGAGAUCACACCCAUGGACAACCUCGACCGGUUUGUCGCCAGCCUGGACGAAGACGUCGGCUUCCAACCGAUGGGGGACCUCCUCCACUCCUACUCCAACACAGACGAAGCCCACGGUGCCACGAGACACUUUGAGAUCUACAAGUGCAACGUCAUGACCCCUGGAUUCAAGGAGUUCCACUCGCACCUGCAGACGUUCUUGUGGUGGUUCGUGGACGCGUCUUCUUACAUUGAUUUUGAUGAUGAGAGGUGGAUGUACUAUACAAUCUUUGAAAGGUAUCCCCACGAUGGAACAAAGCGGUACUCAACAGUCGGUUACUCAACGGUCUACAGGUACUACGCCUAUCCAGAUAAGAUCAGGCCAAGGAUAAGUCAAGUCCUGAUCCUCCCACCAUUCCAAAGACAAGGCCAUGGAGCUCAAUUCUUAGAGACGAUGUAUGCUGACUUCAGGAAAGACACGGAAGUGCUUGAUAUCACAGUGGAAGACCCAUCUGAUGAUUUUGUAAGGCUGAGGGACUUCAUAGACUGCAGGGCCUGUGCCCAACUUCCUUCCUUCGCACCGGAGAACCUCCCCAAAGGAUUGUGUGAUGCCAUGGAGAAAGAAGCUCUGGAGAAACUCAAGUUGAACAAGAAACAAGUGAGGAAGAUUUACGAGAUCCUGCGGCUCAAAUCAACAGACUACAGCAACACAGAGCAUGCCAAGGCAUACAGGCUGGAUGUGAAGAAGAGACUCAAUAUUCCUUUUCAAAAACAAAAGGCCGACUAUGAGAAGCUGAAGAAGGUGCUGAAGCCCGAGGAACUGACGGCAGCAGAAGAAGGGACCAGUCUGGAGGAGAGGCAUCAGACCCUUGAGAAGUGGUUCCAGCUCCUCCUGGAGGACUACCGCAAGGUCCUUGACCGCCUCUCGAUGUCCAACUGAUGAUGGUCGAUUGUGAAAAUAUACCCCAUGGAAUUGAUUGUAGAUGUAAGAACUGUGAGGGUUCUGGAGUUGAAGUGCCAGCAGCCAAAACUGAACACGUGAAAAAGAACACUUAAUUGUCCAACGCUGCAUUAAUUUGACGAUUUCUGGCUAGGGAAAGCUCACCUUAAAGGUUAUUCAUCCAUUCUCCUCUUCCUAUGUUGCAUUAUUUUCAAGUUGUUAAAUUGUAUCCAUUCAGACUAGUGAAAAGUUUGCAUGAAUAUAGAGUAGGAGUAGGCCUACUCUGUGCUUUUUAAAAGUGCUUGUCAGGUGGACAGAUUUUGUUUGGGGGGGAAGCUUUUGGUUUUGUUGGAACAGAAAACAACCACCUACACACCAUAAAAUGGCAUUGGACAAUGAAAUUGUUGAGUAGAUUAUUUUGUACAAAUGUGAUUAUGUGUAAAUUCCAUUUGAUGGUCCUUUACUUG